GCCAUGGCGACGGGCCCAGCGGCCUGAACCCGCCGGAGGAGCCCGGAGCUGCCGUGCCGGGGGCUCCCGAUACCCGCCCGGGGAUGAGGCGGCGACGGGGCCGCUCUGAACCGCCUCCGCGGGGAGAAGAUGAAUAUCUGCAAUAAAACUCCUAACAAGACAGCUCCAGAGAUUUUGGGGGAAGCUGUUCCUGAGGUGCAGGCCCAGCGUGCUCGGAGGAAUGGAUGGAGCUGGCCUCUGCACCUUUUCCAGAUCCUUGCCUGGUUCCUUUACCUCUUUUUUGCUCUGGUUGGCUUUGGGAUCCUGGUUCCUCUCCUGCCCAGACACUGGCUGCCUGCUGGCUACAUCGGCUCUGUAUGGACUAGGAAAGGUGGAGCUGUGCCAGCAGUCUGCACAUGGGGUCAGAUUCUGUGUCCAGGAGUGUGUUUUAUCUACCAUUUAGUUGUCCACCUUACUGCAGUCUCCAUUGAUCCUGCGGAUGCAAAUGUGAGAGAAAAAAACUAUUUAGGGCCCUUGGCCACCUUCAAUCGUGACCGACACACACAUGUCAUAGAAAACCAUCAUUGCCAUGUCUGUGAUGUCAAUGUGAGUGCCAAAUCAAAGCACUGUGGAACUUGCAACAAGUGUGUGUGUGGCUUUGAUCACCACUGCAAAUGGCUCAACAACUGUGUGGGAGAGAGGAAUUACUGGCUCUUUUUGAACAGUGUCCUCUCUGCCAUUCUGGGUCUUGCCCCUCUGCUCCUCGUUGCUUGCUACGUUUUUGUGGAAUUCUUCCUGGACCCCGGGAUGCUUCGCUCCGACGGGCACUUUGAUGCUCUGAAGAACCAGGCAGACCGCUGGCUCGUGUUCCUUCCAGCAGCUCCUGUGGAAACUCAGGCAUCUGCCAUUCUGGUGACAGCUGGGCUUUUCAUUCUCCUCAGCCUAAUGACUGUCAUCCUCCUAGGCCACCUCUUGACCUUUCACAUCUAUCUCAUGUGGAACAAAUUGACUACAUAUGAGUACAUCCUGCAGCAACGACCCCAGCAAGAGGCAAAAGAGGGAGACAAGCACCAGGAAUCUUCUCCCUCCCAACUGAGCCCCAGCCAGGAGGCAGACUUUUUUCCAGGUAACCCUGGCUCUACAAACCCUGGUAUUCAAGUAGAGGAAUUUUCAACAGUAACUUCAGGAAAAGACUUUUCCAGGCUCUGUGUGCACAGUGAUGAAGCUGCCCCUGAGCAGAGCUCCUCUCCAGACACCCCAACUCUUCCCUCUCUGGUCCUUUCUCAGAAAAAAAGGAGGAAGAAGAUGCAUAAAGUUUCCUCCUCAGCAGGGGACAGCAGAUCUAAAGCACACCCUGGAUCUUGGCCCCCUUUCCCAGAUCCUCAGCCAGAGUUCCCAGCCCCAGCUGCUGCCACCUCAUCUUCCCCCAGCCUUCACCCCUUGGUGCCAGCUUUUCCUCAGAGAUCUGCUCUGCCCCCCAGCAGCUUUGGCCUCAUCCAGGCAGCAGGACCCCCAGCUGAGUAUCACUCAGAGUCUGCUGAGUCCAUGGAUGAGAUUCCUGUGGCUCAGACUCACCUUGGGAGCAUGGACCCUCACAGGCCUCCCAAGAAGAACUCCAGGAGCUCUCAGCACUGUCCCUUGUCCACAGACAAUCCCAGAGGUGAGAGGAAGAAGAAUCUGUAUUCCAGGCACAAGGGAAAAAGGAAAAGCUGCCAGCAAGACAGACAUGGGGAACAAGACCUGGAACUUUUUAUUAAGAUUCCUGCUGUGUUUGUGAGUAAGAGCAGUGGAGAACCUCCCAUCACUCAGCCCCAGCCUGGGGAGGGCACAUCUGAGCCACACCACAGAAAAUGCACCAGCAAGCAGCACGUGGGCAGGCAAAAUCCAUGCAUUAAGGACAUAAGGACAAACACCACAGUGGCCUAGUGAGCACCUUUCCAAACCCAUAGUCUUUGGGAACAAGGCUCUGUCUCUGCUUCAAAGCUACUAACUCCAGUGACUCCCCUGUUUCCCUGCAGCUUCCCCUCUCCUGAUGGUGACCAUCCUGCAGCAAAACCAGCAGGGAGGCAGCAAACCCCCCACAGCAUCACUGUUUCCAGCUGCUGCCACUUUCUAAGCCAGAAGUGCCCCAGAGUUCCUCUCCUUGCCAAGGAGACAUCCAGACAGGGGAUCAGGUGUGUUAUUGCCCCACAGAGUGCUGAGGGGCUUGUCCCUUUCUGAGGGACUUGUCCCCAUGCUCUGUGCUUGCUCCCAGCUUGCAGUCUGGCAUUCCUCAUGCUCAGCCAAAGGCAGGAGGCAAACCUGAGGCAGGGAGAAGUGGGGAGUGCUCUCCAUAGGCAAAGUCUGUUCACUCCUGGUCCUCUGCACACCUUGUAACACUCUGGGAGAGUGCCUGGGGAAGAACAAGCCUCAUCUCUGCUCUUCCCUGCACCCAGCAAACUGAUUUUCUCAUCUGCCUGCACCCUGUCAGCCUUUAGGUACUGCACAGGGCCACGGAGCAGCCUCAGGACUGUCCUGUCCCCCCACUGCUUUCCCCUGUGCCAGGUUCACCAGGAUGUGCUCUGUAGGGCAGCUCUGCCUGACCUGCUCCACCUUCCCAGUGGGCUGGGAUGCAGCAGCUCCUGAAACCUUUCCAUUUCCUGGGCUGCCAGCUCCACAUCAGUCCCCAGCCAAGCCUGGAGUCUCUGCAGCUCAGCAAAACCCCACAGCAGAUGCUGGGGCACCUUGCCAGUGCUUGGCCUCGUUGUACCCUGUGCUGGAGGUGAGGAGCAGGGAGCUGCCUGGGCUGCUGCUGCUCCACUGAUCCCUUUCCCUUCCCUCUCAGCUUUCCCCAGCAGCUGCCUUGGCCCUUUGCACCCUUCCUGGAGAGGGCCCGGGGCUGCUCUUGGGUGUGAACACACAGGUUCAGCAGCCAAGAAGAGCAAGCACAGGGAGUCUGGAGCCUUCAUUCCCCCUGAUCCUCUUUUGAUGUUUGGAAUCACAGCUGAGCCUUCCUCCAGGCUCCAGGCAGUGCAGGGACAAGGCCCAGCAGCUGCUAUGGGAAUCUGUGAGCAUCUGUGAGCAGGACAGGAUGUCUGGGGACAAAACCCAACAUGGGACAGGCAGACUGGCCUCCUGGUUUUGAUGUACACAUUUCUUAGCCUGGCCUGCUGCUUCUGCUGCCUUCUGUGCUGCUCUGAGCUCCACACAAAGCCCACUUCCCUGGAGCUUUAUGUCCAGAGAGAUUUUCUUCUUGGGAGCUCCCUGGUGCAGCCAGACAAAGGUGCUUGCUGUGUGUUUAAAGGCUCAUCCCAUUUCGGGGGCUCCCCCAAAUGCCAGCAGCUGGGCUGCCUCCCUCAGGGUCACCCCACCACUGGCCCACACCACCAUACUGGGGGCAUUUCAGGUGGUUCUUGCCUUCAAGGAGGAAGAAAAGUGCUGCAUCUGCUGCUGGAAACACCACAAUCCUUGCAGAGCUGGAGCUGGAGGAGGGGAGUCCUUUGCCAAGGGGUUUUAUGGGGUAAGUGGGUCUCAUAGACAGGACCAGCCAAGCCAAGCACUCUUUGGGACAUUCCAUGGGGAAUUUUGGCAUGGCAGUGUAGACAUGAUCACUGACCCCAGGUUUCUUUGAAGAGCUGUCAUGGCAUCCUUCUCUGAGUGAUUUUUGAAAGGAAUGAGGAGCUUGGACUCUACGUGAGCCAUGGAUGAGCAGAAGUGAGUCCCAAGGAGCUCUUGGAGUCAAUACCAAAACCUGUAGGCAGGGUUUGCCUGUGCUCACCCUCCCUACAGCUUCCUUACAGCUUCCC